CCCCUGCACUUUAGUAAGCAGCAUUUAUUCUGUUUUCUCUUUGCAAUGUCUCCUCUUUGCGCUGCCUAACAGUCACCUACCCUCAACAUGGAUAUUGGAGGACUGACCACAGUGGUAGCGAAUUCUGCUUACAUCAAUGCCCGUGGAAGCAUUGAUGGCUCUAAUGCAGCAGCUCGGGAUAAGAAGUACCAUUCUCGCCUCAAACUGCCCCACAUCACUGUGUGUGAGGGCCUGAGGGAUACCCUGGAUUUGAACUUUGACACAGUCUGCAGGGAACAGCCUAUCGGAAAACGCCUCUUUAGGGAAUUCUUGAAUGCAAAUCAAGAGUAUCAUGGGUCUUGCCGUCUGUGGAAAGACAUCGAGGACUAUGACCUGGCGGAGGAUUCUGACAGGGCAAAGAAGUCCUCAAAGAUUGUCCAGCGGUACAUGGAACCCUCUGCCAAAUACUACUGCCCGUUCCUGCCUGAAGACAUCAUAGCCAAGGUGAAGGAAGGCCUGGAGGCUGCGGGCGAUGAUUUGUUUUCCGCAGCACUGACUACAACGUUGAACUAUCUGCGGGAAGCCCCCUAUACUUUCUUCAUGGAGAGCUUGUUUCUGAAGAGGUACCUGCAGUGGAAGUGGCUUGAGAUGCAGCCCAUGGAUGCGGACUGGUUCUUAGACUUCCGUGUGCUGGGGAAAGGUGGGUUUGGAGAGGUGUCUGCCUGUCAGAUGAAAGCCACAGGAAAACUGUAUGCCUGUAAGAAACUCAACAAGAAGAGGCUGAAGAAGAGGAAAGGCUAUGAGGGGGCGAUGGUGGAGAAGAGGAUUCUUGAGAAGGUUCACAGUCGCUUCAUUGUGUCACUGGCGUACGCCUUCCAGACAAAGGACGAACUUUGUCUGGUCAUGACCAUCAUGAAUGGAGGAGACCUCAAGUACCACAUCUACCUGGUGGAUGAGAGCAACCCAGGGUUUGAGGAGCCCAGAGCCUGUUUUUAUAUAGCUCAGAUCAUCCAAGGCUUGGAGCACCUCCACCAGAAAAGAAUCAUCUACAGAGAUCUCAAACCAGAAAAUGUGCUGCUUGAUAAUGAUGGAAAUGUGCGUAUAUCUGACCUGGGUCUUGCUGUGGAGCUAAAAGAAGGCAAAACAAUGACCAAAGGAUAUGCUGGGACACCAGGGUACAUGCCUCCAGAGAUGCUGAAAGGAGAGAAAUAUGACAUGUCGGUCGACUACUUCACUUUGGGAGUGACCCUAUUUGAGUUCAUGGCUGCUAAGAACCCAUUCAGAAACAGAGGGGAAAAGGUUGAACGGGAGGAGAUGAAAGAGCGCAUGCUGACACGAGUGGUGGAGUAUCCAGACAAUUUCAGCGAGCACGCAAAGUCGCUCUGUGAUGGGCUGCUCGCCAAAGAGGUCGACCAAAGGAUGGGUUUUAAGAACGGAUGCUGUGAUGAGCUCAGAGCACACCCAUUCUUCAGUAACCUCAACUGGAGGAAACUGAAUGCAGGUAUUCUGCCCCCUCCUUUUGUCCCUGACCCUAAAGUGGUGUACGCUAAAAGUCUGGAUGACGUUGGGGCUUUCUCUUCGGUGAAGGGAGUGGCCUUGGAGGAUCCUGACAAGACCUUUUUUGAUGAGUUUUCCUCAGGCAACAUCCCCAUCCCCUGGCAAGAGGAGAUGAUCGAGACAGGCAUUUAUGGAGAGCUCAACGUUUGGGGUCCUAAUGGCAGCGUCCCCGAUGACCUUCGCAGGGAGUCCAUUCUAGAGCAGCCAGCCAAGUCAUCGACCUGCUGCACAUCGUAAAGUAAUUGAAACACCUUGAAAUUACAUCAACCAUCCAGUGUGCAGACUUGUAGUUCUUCAGAACAUGAAGAUGCAAAUACUCUGAUGGCAGAGUUGAAACUGUUUGAGACUUUAAAAGUUUAAUAGUGAAUGCAGGAAACAACCAGAACAGAAUGGAGGUGGAUUUUCAACCUGGAAUUUAAGAGUUAAGAAAAAAAACAGAAAUGUAUUGACAUUGUAUCCUACGACCGCACCCUUCACACUCUCUCUUCAUCUUCUCUUUCUUUCUGUCUCUCAAUCUGUUCACUCUCUUCUCUGUGUGUAAUGUGUUAAAUUAUUGUAAUGCUUUUAGAUCUAAAAUGCAUUUUAAAAAUCAUGUUUUUAAGCAGGGGUUUAGUUAUGUGGUAUGUCUGGUGCUAAGUGACAGUCACAUGUUGAACAUGUAAAAUGUUAAUUUCCCUCUAUUGCAUAUGUGCUCCUAUAGAGUGUAUGCCAUUUAAUGGAAAUCGAUUUUGUUUCUUUUUGAGUUUACUAUCCCUUAGUUUGACUAUGUAUAGCUAAAUUAACUGCUGAUGUUGAAAUACCAAAAGCUAAGACUCCAGAUACGCAAAGUUUCAUACUUUUUGAAAACAAUUUUCUUAUGUUUACCUUAUGGUUCAUAAUUGACUCUUUGCACGGAUAGCCAAGAGCAGAGCACCUUUGACAAAGGUUUAUGUAUUAUAGUGUAGUUGUUAUGAGACAAAUUUGAAUGUAGAGAAAUGUUACCAGCAAAUCAAUUUAUUUUUAAUAACAGCAAAAGAUGAAUAAAUCCAGAAAUAUUAAAUGUAUGAAAAAGUACUGGCAAAUAAAAUAGCUUAUUGAAAUGGAAAUUUGAUCAGGAGCUUCAUUUCUGCUUGACCACAGUUAUAGCACUUUCCAGGAAUGUCACAUCAAAACCAGACUUUUCUCUACAUGGAUUUAAAUCAGCAAGAUAAAAAUGGAAUUUUCCUGUUUUCCUCAAAAUUUAAACACAAACCCUUUGAACAUCUCAGGAAAUCUCCACCUCCGUUGUCACACCUUUGC